AUGGGAGGGGGGGAGCCGGUGAUUGGGGGUUGGGAUGGGGUGAUAUUUGGAUGGUUUUGCCCGAAAAAGAUAGUUUUGCCCCUUCAUUUCAUGGAACAAUUGACAGACUUUGACGAUAGGACUGUUUUGAUACUAAAUGGAGAGUUGGAGGACUAUUGA